AUGCUUCCCUAUAAACUCAUUAGUUUAAUCACCCUUUUCUUCUUCUUCACUUGUUCUCUCUUAAUUCCCCCUUCUUCUUCUUCUUCAGGUGUUUUAUCAUCCAUUACAAAAGACCAUGAAACUCUUCUUUACACUCUCUCUCUUUACCUGAAUUCCCCUCCACAACUCACCAAUCUCCUCCUCGAUUUGAGCGCGUCUUACUCGUGGAUGGAUUGUUCCAAUUCCUCUACUCAUCGUUCAAUUUCCUGCAAUUCCCCUUUAUGCUCUGCUAUUGGAUCUCGCGCUUGUGCUAAGUGUUUUCACGAUGAUUGUUCCACUAGCCCUUGUGUUCUCUCUCCGUUAAACUCCGUUACUCAUAAAUCCUCUACUGGCAAAGCUAUUGUUGAAUCCAUAGCUUUGCCGGUUACCGACGGGAGGAAUCCAGGUCAACUUAGGGGUUUUUCUGAGUUUUUGUCUUGCUCGAAGAAAUCUUUGCUUAAAGGACUUACCAAAGGUGUAGCCGGUUUAGCCGGGUUAGGCCGGUCCAGAUUCUCCCUCACUACUCAGGUCAGCACUUCUUUUUCGUCUACACGCACUUUUGCGCUAUGUUUAUCCGGUUCACCGUCUGCUCCUGGAGUAGCUUUCUUCGGUUCAGCCGGACCGUAUUACCUUUUACCCGAAAUUGACCUCUCAAAAACCCUUCGUUACACCCCACUUAUACCGAACCCGGUUCAUUCUGACUAUUUCAUUAAUUUGACCUCUAUAAAAGUCAACGGAGUUACCGUACAAUUGAACCAGAAUAUCUCAGCCGUUGAUCAACAAGGAUUUGGUGGGACCAAGCUGAGCACCAUAACUCCAUACACUACAUUACAGAGUAACAUCUACAAUGCAUUCUCUGAGACAUUUGUAAAUGAAUCUGCUAAGCUCAACCUCACAGUAACAAAUCCUGUGGAACCAUUUAAGGUUUGUUAUAAUGCAGAUGAGGUACUGGAUACGAAGGUAGGACCGACUGUUCCAACCGUUGAUCUUGUGAUGGACAAUGAUGAUGUGUUCUGGAGGAUAUUUGGAUCGAAUUCGAUGGUUAGGAUUGCACGAGAUGGCAUUGAUGUGUGGUGUUUAGGGUUUUUGGACGGUGGGAUUAAGACUGAAACAUCGAUCAUAAUUGGAGGACAUCAAAUGGAGAAUAAUUUAUUGCAAUUUGAUUUGGAACAAGAAAAAUUAGGAUUUAGUUCUUCAGUUUUGGCUUAUAGUACCUCAUGUUCCAAUUUCAACUUUACUACUAGUAGUAAUUUAAGUUGA